GGAAGUGUGAAGGCGGAAGUGUCUGUUGUUUCCUCAUCGCCGGCUGUGUUUGUUUUUACGGGACAUUUCUCCACGAACCGAGAGAAGAAGAGCACCGCCUACGUCACUGCAUGCUAGCUCCGCCCCCUGACGUCACUGCAUGCUAGCCCCGCCCCCUGACGUCACUGCAUGCUGUUCCUUAUUAGAAGAAUGUCCUCCACUCUCCCCCAUCACGUCAUCUGGCAGUCCGAGGGUCUGGUAGCGUACCUCCACCCGCGGCCCUGGACCCCCGGCUCUGUGGUCCUGGAGCGGAGCUCACCCGGCAGCCCGGGAGGAAGCGUCUUCCACCUGGAGAAGCAGGAGUUCUUGUCCUGGCUGUCGGGGGCGAGAGCUGUGGCCGAGCUGCUGUGUGAGCGUCUGGGGGUCCGGAGGUGUGCGCUGGUCAGCCGACCCCACAGGGACACACCUGCACAGAUCCGUGUCCUCCCUCUUCACGGUCUGGAUACGGAGUGGCGCCCUCACCUGGCAGGAGAAGAGGAACACAACGCCGUUGACCCCGGGUACUGCACUUCCAAGACCGCCCCCGAUGGACUGACUCCAGCCUCACUGAAGUCCAAACCAAGAUCCGAGCCAAGCUCCCGUUUCCCGACGCUUCACCCGACCUGACGUUCCUCGGGGUCGAUCCGGCUGACCCCGGCCUGUUUUCACGCAUCGUUCGCGGGGAGGAGCAGCAGUGGCGGGUUUGGGAGGACGAGGGCCACGUGGCCUUUCUCACUCCUUUCCCUAACUCCCCCGGCUUCACUGUGCUGGUCCCACGCCGACCUUUGACCUCGGAUAUUUUCAGACUAGAAAAAGAGGACUAUGAGGAACUGGUGCUGGCAACCCAGAAGGCGGCGAGGCUUCUGGAGGAGGGGUUGGGCGCCUGGGGGAUCGGACUUAUUUUUGAGGGCUUUGAGAUCGACUACGCUCACGCCAAGUUGAUUCCACUGUUUCUACCUUCGUCAUCAGCGACAGGAGACGACACUAAACCAACACCUCCCCAGUGUUUCCCCACUUAUCCUGGAUAUGUGACCUCAGAAGAUGGGCCUGAAGCCAGCCUGGAGAGUCUGAAGGAACUGCACGUUAAAAUAACUCAGAUUUAAUGCUCCUACUUAUAGUUUGAUUUCUACUCACGUGGGGGAAGGGAAGUCCUCUCUGCCAUUAGGAAUGAACAAGAUGUGUGUAAAAUGACAGGAACGCUUUCAUAAUUAAAAUAAAUAUGAUA